CCUGAAGUACGUUCAAUAAUUGAUAGUGAGAAGAAUCGUCAGUUUAACAGCUUGGAGCUCAUUGCUUCAGAGAACUUUACAUCUCGCGCAGUGAUGGAAGCUGUGGGUUCUUGUCUCACAAACAAGUAUUCAGAAGGGCUUCAUGGUAAAAGGUACUAUGGUGGAAAUGAGUACAUUGAUGAGCUAGAGACACUUUGUCAACAAAGGGCUUUGGCUGCAUUUCACUUAGACCCAAAGAAAUGGGGAGUUAAUGUCCAACCUCUGUCUGGUUCUCCUGCUAACUUUGAAGUUUACACUGCACUUCUCAACCCACAUGACCGUAUUAUGGGUCUGGAUUUUCCUCAUGGAGCUCACUUGUCACAUGGAUUUAUGACUCCUAAAAGACGGGUAUCUGGGACUUCGAUUUAUUUUGAAUCGAUGCCCUACCGUCUUGAUGAAUCAAUAGGCCUUAUUGAUUAUGAUAUGCUUGAGAAAACUGCCACCCUCUUUCGACCAAAACUCAUCAUUGUUGGUGUUAGUGCUUAUCCUCGUGAUUUCGAUUAUCCUCGAAUGAGAAAGAUUGCAGAUUCUGUUGGGGAUUUUCUCAUGAUGGAUAUGGCUCACAUAAGUGGUCUCGUUGCUGCAUCUGUACUUGCCGACCCAUUUGAAUACUGUGAUGUUGUAACAACCACCAAGGUACACCUAUCAUUACGAGGUCCCAGAGGUGGCAUGAUUUUCUUCAAGAAAGAUCCUGUUCUUUGGGUUGAUAUGGAAUCUGCGAUUAACAAUGCUGUUUUCCCAGGG